UUCUCAGGUCAGAUUUUUCGCCUGGGGAUCUAGCUGGGUUGUUUGAUGCAUUUGGAAGGGGUGGGAGGCAUGUGCUGGGUGUGAAAGCUGGGAAAACGAAGAAGAAGGAAGGAGGAAGGACAGGACCAGGGAGUGGUUAUGGUUUGGUUUGUGCUUGUGCUUGUGAUUUUACAGCAAGUUAAAGACUACUGGUGAAUCAUGGCAGGUUUUGUAGAAAGGUCUUACUCACAUGAUAGUAUCAUCGCCUUGUCGAUCGCCCUAAUCUGCUAAUUCUCUCGCAGCAGGAGCAGGUCGCAAGCGCUCUUCCCUGAUCCAAGACUCAGAAGACCACACCAGUGCUCCAUCAAAGUUUAUUUUGUCAUCUGAGCAACGACAACAAGGACACGACCAUGAAACUUCUCGUCCUGAUCAACUACCUGCCUCAUCAUCAACAGGUGAUCCCCAAAUACCUCAGCAUGAGUUCCUUUCCUACAUGCUAGAGGAAGUACAACGACAGGCAAGUCGUUUCCGGGUUUCUGACGUUGUCCUCCUGUUGAAUUCUCUGCCGAAACUAGGAGUGGCGCCCAAUGCUCAAGUCCUAGACGCAUUGUGCUCUACAAUUGUAAGGCGAUGUAAUGACAAAACGCACAUCAAGGACCUGGCUCUCUUAGGGAACGCGAUUUUGAGAAUUGAUAUGGCGAAUGCUCCAGAAGCUGGGGUCGUUGUCGAGGCGGAGGAAGCCAAUCCACACUCACUACAGUCGCUAGGCGAAUCCUGUAAGCCACAAGCCGACGCAGACGUUGAUGCACGAACAAAGUAUGUUGGCGCCAAUGAAGGUCACGGAGCUAGAGAAACAUCCUCGUGCUCUUCUCUGCUAGACUCGGAAGAUCCUACCGGAUCAGAAGAUGAAUCCAAGAACAGUCUCACCUUACCACAGCUUCAGCAACUCUGCUUUGAUCGCAUUGCAAAUUCUCUGUCUAGUGAUCGGCUUAAUGUAUUGUCCGACCCUCAGUCGCUUUCUAUGCUGGUCCAUGGAUUCUGCUUGGCGUCUGAGAAGCUGCGGUCUGGAGAUGGAAGUGGUGUGAUCAUGCAUAAUUAUGAAUGGAUUUGCCUGAGUAAUCUUCAUCAUGUUUCGUCCCGGACAACACGGCAUGGUCGUAGAGCCGCGGACCUUCAACCUCAACCUCUUCAUCGAUCUUGACUUCUAGCGUGCCUUGACACCCUUGGUUAUGUUCAUGAUUCACAAAGAUCAUGAUCAUGAUGUUCUUCUGAGAACGUCAGCUAUCACAGCAGUACAAUAAUUUAGAUGCAAGAACAAGUAAAACUAAAAUGCCAUUCACUCCAUGAUAAGGAGAUAUAAUGUACCUGACUUUUCACACUUUCAUUUCCGAAGCAUCAUUGUAUCACUGCUUGACCGAUGCGCAGUGACAAUGAGGGAGUGGCGCGGCUCAGAUAUCGUGCUCCUGGUACAGGCUUUGAGACUACUGAAGAGUAAUCACCAUCAACAACCUCACGUAUUUGAGGAUAGUACCAACGAAAAUCACACCAGUGCCACCAGCACCGUCGUAGGAGACCUCAUCCCAGCUCCCCUCUUCAUCCGAGGAGAGAAGCAGCUCUGGCUGUAUCUUUUCGAAGUGUCCGCGCCAGACUGUGUGAAGUUACUGGAAAGUGAGAAGUUGAUGCCUUGGACUGAACGGUUCCGACGAAAGCUGCACUCGGAGAUGACCUAUAGGGUUAGGGAAUUUUUACCUAGGAAUUGUUUACGUGUUGUGGAAAUCGUAGAGAAGCAGAGACGGGAAGAAAUUGGAUCAGCUGGAGGAAAUGCUUCAGACACUGCUGGAGCUAAUAUAGGACGAGCAUCUCCAUCAAAUAAUGCUCUCAAAUUAAGGGUAGGUUAAAGGUGCUUUUGUUACCGUUUGUUAUGGCUCUCCUAAGGGGGACGGCCAUAGCAAAGGGGAUAAACGAACACCAAAAACCUACCUCUAAUCAAACAAACGAGUCAGCUGAAUAUGCAGAUAACAUUUCUACGUCAGUUGGCAGCGUCACCGAAGUUGAACGACGUGGCGCAUCGUUUUCGCAACGAGCACAUCUUGACUUUGGCGAGGCUCUGCUCAGAUCAAAAUUGGGGUAAGGAAUUAGAGGACAGAAAACGAAUAUUAGUCGAAGGAGGUGCUACUUCUAUGCUGGCGAGUGCCGGGAAAAGCGCAGCCACAAAAAGGCAAAAGCAUAAAGCCAAAAAAGACAAAGUGCACCCCACGGUUAGUUCGGGCGCUGGCCAGGAAGAUGAAGACCACCACCACGAACAACAGCGUGACGAAUUAUUGCUACUCCUCGAAGCUCGCCUCCUUGCUGGAAAGACAGCAGUGGUUGCAAAUCUACCUUGCCUGCGAGCCGAAAGUUUUCAAGCUCAAGUCCAACUAGUACAACAGGAGUCCUCUAUGUCCACCUCCAACUCCAUAUCAACAAGCAAAAUAAAUGAGAAUCAUUCGAAUUCCUUCACUCGCGCUCUCCAUCUUCUUGCCCAACUUGGUAUUCGGGAUCGGCGCAUUCUCUCCCGCUUGAUGCUCCAUUCCAUGAAGCUGUCGAGUGUUCCGACACCCCUUUUGGUGCAAGUAACCGAGGAUUUGGCGGACCUACGGUUGGGCGACUUGGUUGUGGACAUGGCCUUAGUGGAGGAGGUGAUGGGAAGGUUUGAGAACGAAGAUGCCGAACAGGAAGUCGUGGAGGAAGCUGCUCUCAACAUGUUGAGAAGACUCCGAACAGCCUUCGCCGUUUUCCACCUGGCAUGUCCGCAGACUGCGGUUGUGGAUGUGCGUCGUGCACAAAGGUUGUUCCAGCGGCAUUGCCCUAAGGAUGAAGACUUGAUGUGGAAGGCAGUGUUAACUUCUGCGUCCAUGUUGCCAGAAGGAAAGGAAGAAGAGGGGAAUAAACUAUAUACUGGUGAAUGUACUAUUCCUGACACUCAAUCACCUGUCGUGGCUCUAGCUCAGGACUGCUCAAUCCCAGAGACUGCUUUCAACCUCUCUGUGCGCUCAUGCCUGAUCCAGAAUUAUGGCAAAGCUGUGCUUCGGAAAUCAAGUGUUUUGUUUCCUAUGGCUGUGAAUAUCGAAGGAAUAGCUUCUGGAGGUUCAGGACCGCAAAAUCAAGACCACAUGGAGGACCAGACUCGUGCAAACGCAUGCUUCGCAUCUACAAAAGCUACCACGACUGGCAUAAAUCCUCUAAAGGAAGCUGCAACACCCGAACAACAUGACCUCCUUCCAGCAAAUCCCUCUUCCGAUGUCGGUAUCAGUCUCUUCCGCAAAAACGAUUUCUUCUUCGGGACGACGAUGCCUAAAGGCUACAAGCUUGCGGAAUUAUGUGCUGCGCGUAUCCUGGGGUGGCAAGUUGCGACAUUGUGUGAAAGGGAUUGGAAUUAUCUGCUCCUGCGCGAGAAUGAAACAGGCACAGGUCAACAAGGCUCGAGUUCCUGUAAAAAUGUGGAAUAUUUUUUGUCGAGGUUAUCGAGGUUAUCUUUGGAAGACCACGAUGGGCAAGGAGAGGAACGGGAAGUAAAAGAUAAAGAAGCCGUGACCGAUUCUGGUGGAGAACUGGUUGAUGUAAAGUAGGGAGGUACUGCUCCUCCAUGAGUAGAUGAGUAUGAUAGAGCUUUGCUGCGACAGCGCGCAUCAAGGGUUUACUACCGUAGGACGCGAAGAUGCGGUUUUUACAGAUUGUGACUCCCCGU